AUGAGCCAGUUGCGCCUAGCGGAUUUCUUUUGGAAUGAAGGUGUGAACUUUCCAUCGAUUGAGCGACUCUAUCCCGCUCUGCUGCGUGAUCUCAGCAUAGGAACACAAAAGACCAUCUCGGUCAACUCCGAUUCGCCUUUGUCAGAAGCACUCACAACAAUGAACGAGGAAGGUCUGACAAGCGUGGCCGUUGUUGACAAUGGCCAUAAUGUAGUUGGCAACAUCUCAACCAAAGACGUUCGCCAUCUCACAAGCACUUCGAGCGCUCCUCUGCUGGACUCCUCUUGCAUGCACUUCAUUUCGGUCAUUCUGAAUGAGCGAGGCGUCGAAAAGGGUCAGGAUACGUUUCCGGUCUUCUACGUUAACCCUUACUCCAGUCUGGCUCAUACUGUUGCCAAGCUAGUGGCAACAAGAUCGCAUCGCAUGUGGGUGGUCGAAUCGUCGUCGCCCUCCCCCUCUGCUCCAGCAACGCCAUUACUCUCUGCGCAGGCCUCUUCCACAGGAGCACCACCGUCUCCAGCGCCGGCAGCUGCGGUGCCAGCUUCGGCGCUGGCUGGAGCUGGCCUUUCCGGGAAGCUUACCGGCGUUGUUUCAUUGACUGAUGUUCUCAAUAUUUUUGCUAAAACCACAGGCUUAAAGCCCGGCGAUCCGAGUGAACAACGGGCGAGGCGCCGGCGAAGCUCUAGUAGCUCUAUUCGGCCCAGCCUAGACUUGACAAGAGCCAGCACGGAUUCCCGUCGCUAA